AUGAAUAGUAGUUACGAUACAAAUAAUACUAAUAAUAAUCAAAAUGGAAAUCAACUUUGGUGGAAAGUAUUAACGGAUAUGAGUAAUAACCACAGAAUAUAUAGGUAUACUCCUAAAUGGAGACAACUAUGUUCUGUAUAUAGAGCAAGACUUCUUCCAUCAGAAAGAAAAAAUUUUUUCUGCAAUCCUAAAAUAAGAAACUUAAUACCACCUUUACGUGGUGUAAUUCACUUAACAUAUCCUUAUGCUUUUAUGAUUAACAGUCGUGCAUACUAUCAAAUUCAUUCUGCAAAUACAGAAGGUUAUCCUAUUAAUUGGUUUGUAUAUGAUGCCAGUGCACGAGACAAUAUAGCAAGUCAACGCAGACUAGAUCAAGAUAUUAUUGAUCAAAUUUUAGAUAUGUUCAGCAAAGCAGAAGAUAAACGAUUACAAUUUAUACGAAAAGAACAAAAUAGAUUUAGAAAAGGCAGAUUAGAAAAAGAUGAAUCAAUAGACGAUAAAGCAGAAUUACAUCCAAAUAUUAUAUAUCUGCCAGCAUCACAUACACUUUCAUUUAGAUGGUCCUAUAAAAAAACAAUGGAUGCACUUGCAAUUGUAAAUGCAUCACAUGCUUUAGGCUUAUUAGAUGAUACAACAGAAUAUAUUCAAUACUUUACUGAAGCUAUAUCAUAUAAUUGCACACCAUCACAACUUUGUUUACUUUUUUGUCACCUAAUUAUUGAAGGUAUGACUGCUUCAAAUAUCUGGCAAGAUUAUCAAGAAUUAUUAUCAGCUGACUUUAUAAACAAAAAAGGAGAUAUACAGCAAGGCAAGGAUGAAGUAUUGAUAUGGAUAAUGAAUUUUUUAGAAGAAUAUGGUAUUAAUAUAACACAAAUUGGUUUGCCGCAACCAACUAAUUAUUUUUCAGAAGUAAUAUGUACAAGAAUACAAUAUAGUGAUUAUGAUAAAUUAAUAUCAAAAUAUCAAGAAAUAAUUUAUCAACUAAAUACAGAACAAAAACUUAUUUAUCAAAAAAUCAUGAAUCAC